AUGUCUCUCGGAACUAAAGCUGCUGAACGUUUGGCUAAUAAGAUUGUGCUUAUCACGGGUGCUUCCUCCGGUAUCGGUGCCGCUACCGCAAGAGAGUUCGCCUCUGCCGCCAAUGGUAACAUCAAGUUGAUCUUGACUGCUAGAAGACAAGACAGAUUGACCGAGUUGGCUUCCGAGUUGACCAAGUCAUACCUGCCCAUCAAGGUGCACACUGCCAAGCUCGACGUUAGCGAUGUCAGCACAAUUGACCCCUUUUUCAAGGCUUUGCCAAAGGAGUUCUCUGACAUUGAUGUGUUGAUCAAUAACGCUGGUAAGGCCUUGGGUAGAGACCAGGUGGGUAACAUUGCCACCGAUGACAUCAACGGCAUGUUGCAGACCAACGUUUUGGGACUCAUUACCAUGACACAAGCCGUUAUUCCUCGCUUUAAGGAGAAGAAUGCCGGUGACAUUGUGAACAUCGGUUCCAUUGCUGGUAGAGAACCAUACCCUGGUGGAGCCAUUUACUGUGCUACCAAGUCCGCCGUCAAGUUCUUCUCCAACUCCUUGCGUAAGGAGUUGAUCAACACCGGUAUUCGUGUCUUGGAGGUGGACCCUGGUGCAGUCGAGACUGAGUUCAGUGUGGUGCGUUUCCACGGUGACAAGGCUGCCGCUGAUAAGGUGUACGAGGGCACUGAGCCAUUGACACCAGAGGACAUUGCUGAGGUGAUCGUCUUUGGCGUUUCUAGAAAGCAGAACACCGUGGUUGCCGAGUCCUUGGUGUUCCCAUCCCACCAGGCAGGUUCUGCCCACAUCUAUAGAAAGCAGUAG